AGACGUCAUUGGUCACAUUCCUGAUUGCGUGAACGAACACGGAAGUGAGGCGUCUCUGUGAUGUGAUGUUAUCAAAAUGAUCGGAGAGCUGUUGAUAUUCGGGACCUUACUGGUGAAUGCAGGGGCUGUGCUGAACUUCAAGCUCAAAAGGAAGGAGUCUCAAGGAUUUGGAGAUGAGUCCAGAUCACAAACAACAGGUGACAACAUCAGAGAGUUUCUGCUCAGCCUGCGAUACUUUCGGAUCUUCAUCGCUCUAUGGAACAUCUUCAUGAUGUUCUGCAUGGUCCUGUUGUUUGGGUCUUGAUCAACAUUUGUGGCGACUGGACUUCCAUCAGGAUGCUGAUUUUCCGAGGUGGAUUCUAUAAACUUCUCCUUAAUCUGAGUUUGCUGUUCUUUUGGCCCUUUUAACUGUAAUUAGGCUACAUUUUCUUUACAACCCUAAAUCUUAAAUCUGCUUCUGGCUGUACAGGAAUUCAUGUAUCGCUGUAUUUAUUUUGUCUUACAGAAGUUGUUACAUUUGUACUUUGAUCAAGCUGUAACUGCACCAGCACCCGUUGCCUUCGCUGGAUAUGUAUUGUCAUGUUCCCCUGAGCUUCUUUAUAGAACAUGAGCUUUUUUCUCCAGCCUGCCAGUUUGCUUUUAAAAGAAACAGCAGGGUUGAAAAUUAUGGAUAACCUUCACUGACAGGAUGAAACAUGUUUUUAUGUGACUUGUUACCUGUGUGUCAUCAUUAAGGGUCCCGCAGUAAGCAAAUUAUUCAAAUCUGGUGGAGAACCUUGUGAAUUACCAAGAUAAUCUUGCUUAAUCAUCCCUGUGUCUCUUUUACUUGGACAGCUGUCACAAUUCAGAUGAAUUCACUUAAUGAACUCUACAUCUCCUCUGUACAAACAUCAACACAUUUACUCACCAGCUGUUAUCUUCUAGUGUAGUGUUGGUCGAUACUGCAUAUGUUAAUGCAGACUUUAAAAAAAAGAAGACUUUUCCUUUAUUCUGGUGCACGUGCUGUAAGUAAAUGUAUAUGCCCUACAAUGUAAAUGUGUUCUUAUUCUUAACUAUACAAAUACAGUUUUCUUAUCCAA